AGGAGUUGGCGGCUGUUUCUCCCUCUCCGUCCGGAGGAGGAGGAAGAAGAGGAAGAAGAGGAAGAAGAGGAAGAAAGAAGAGGAAGAAGAGGCUUCAGCUGCCGCCUUUCCGAUCCUCCCCCCCCCCCUUCCCCUCCGCCCCACACCUUUAUGGACGAGCGCCGGAGCUUGCUCUACUCUCCGGCUGCCUCCUCCGCCAGCCGGCAUCCGCGGGGCGACUCGAGCAGCAGCCACCACAACCUGGGCUACACCGAGCAGCUGCCCCCCGCCGCCCCCCAGCCAGUCCCCGAGCAAGAGGAGGAAGAGGGUGAAGAAGGGGAGGAAGGCAGCAUGACUGUGGUGGGGGGUGGCGGAGACCCUUUGCUGGAAGAGCCACAGCAUCCUCAUCCUUUGCUAGGGGGGGACCGCUACGAUCACCCCCCGACUCCGGCCGCUGUCCCCGCCGGCCAGCCCGCGGGCGGUGGGGAGCAUGAGUGCUGCGAGCGGGUAGUGAUCAACAUCUCAGGGCUGCGGUUUGAGACCCAGCUGAAGACGCUGGCGCAGUUCCCGGAGACGCUGCUGGGGGACCCGCGCAAGAGGAUGCGCUACUUUGACCCCCUCCGCAACGAGUAUUUUUUUGACCGUAACCGUCCCAGCUUCGACGCCAUCCUCUACUACUACCAGUCGGGUGGGCGCAUCCGGCGACCCGUCAAUGUCCCCAUCGAUAUCUUCUCCGAGGAGAUCCGCUUCUACCAGCUGGGGGAGGAGGCCAUGGAGAAGUUUCGGGAGGAUGAGGGUUUCAUUCGGGAGGAGCAGCGGCCGCUUCCUGACAAGGAGUUUCAGCGCCAAGUGUGGCUUCUCUUCGAGUACCCUGAGAGCUCUGGGCCAGCCCGAGGCAUUGCCAUAGUCUCUGUCCUGGUCAUCCUUAUCUCUAUCGUCAUCUUCUGUCUGGAGACCCUGCCUGAAUUCAGGGAUGACCAUGACUAUGAGGGAACUGGGGGGACCUUUGGGACGGGUGGUGGCCCUCUCCCACCUGAUGUCUUCACCAACUCUUCAUCCUCAGCUGCUUCCAUGGUGUCGUCCUUCACUGACCCUUUCUUUGUAGUGGAGACUUUGUGCAUCAUCUGGUUCUCCUUCGAGCUGCUGGUCCGCUUCUUUGCCUGCCCCAGCAAGGCCACCUUCUCCAAGAACAUCAUGAACAUCAUUGACAUUGUGGCCAUCAUUCCUUACUUCAUCACGCUGGGCACCGAGCUGGCUGAGAGGCAAGGCAAUGGCCAGCAAGCCAUGUCCUUAGCCAUCCUCAGAGUCAUCCGGCUGGUCAGGGUCUUCCGCAUCUUCAAGCUUUCCAGGCACUCCAAGGGGCUGCAGAUCCUGGGGCAGACCCUCAAGGCCAGCAUGCGGGAGCUGGGCUUGCUCAUUUUCUUCCUCUUCAUUGGUGUCAUCCUCUUCUCCAGCGCCGUCUACUUCGCAGAAGCCGACGAUCCCAGUUCAGGUUUCAGUAGCAUCCCAGAUGCCUUCUGGUGGGCGGUGGUGACCAUGACCACAGUGGGCUAUGGGGACAUGCACCCCAUCACCAUUGGGGGCAAGAUUGUGGGCUCUCUCUGUGCCAUUGCAGGGGUGCUAACCAUCGCUCUCCCCGUGCCCGUGAUAGUCUCCAAUUUCAACUAUUUCUACCACCGGGAGACAGAAGGUGAGGAGCAAGCCCAAUACAUGCACGUUGGGAGCUGCCAGCAUCUCUCGUCCAGUGAGGAGAUGAGGAAGGCUCGCAGCAAUUCCACCCUCAGCAAGUCCGAGUACAUGGUGAUCGAGGAAGGGGGAAUCAACCACAGUGCAUUCAAACAGGCUGCCUUUAAGACAGGCAACUGCACUACCACAAACAAUCCCAACUGUGUGAACAUCAAAAAGAUCUUUACGGAUGUUUAAAAAAAAAACCAAAACAAAACAAACAGCAACAAAAUCUGAGGAUGCAGUAAAAAAAUAAUAAUAACAAAAAUAAUGCAAAGUGACUGUGUACUCGGUAUUGUGUGGAACAUGCACCAUCGUCGGUCUGUGUGCGCCCUCGUUUUUAUACAUUUAUUUUUUUAGAUCCUUCCUUUCUAAAGAUCCAAAAAAAAAAAAAGGAUUUAAAAUUCUCCGAAGAAGAGGAGAGCUAAAGGGUAAAGAGAAGGAAGAUGAAGACAAAACACACUCACCGUCAAAACAGGUGUUUGUUCUGCAACGUGUUGCAGGGCUGCUUUUGUUUUCUUGGUUUUGGGGAUAUCUUGCUUUACUCCUGAAUUUCCCCCCCCUUCCCUAAAGGCAGCGUGCAGCCGAUUUCCCUUCCAUCCCAUAAGCUCACUUGUUGGAUUAACAACCCGGGGUUGGGUGGGGAAGCGAGGAAAACAUGUUGCAGAGCGUACUGGAAGGGGGUUGGGAGGAAACAACCAUUUAAUUUUGCAGAGAGUCUCUGUUACCACAUUGUUAAAUGAUGCUUAAUAUUGAAACAUGUGGUGUGCCAUUACAGGCACAUCACAGAUUCCCUUUUCUCCCCCGUUAGAUCAUUUAUGAAAUUCUAAUCUGGUCAGAGACGAGAGUAAUCAGUGCUGAUAGAAAUAGAAAGGGAAAAAAAAAAAAAGCCCUCAUUUUCUAUUCUUAAUUCCCUUCCCCUGCAACCCUAUGGCAUUAUUUCAUCCAAUGUCAAGUUUGUGGCCGUGCAGUGGGUCUGUGUGCGGGGAGGAGGGAGGCAAAAGGCAAAAUGGAAUGGUUUCAGGAGCCAACGGUGCGUGGGGAGCGAUGCCGGCGUGGACUGGGGGAUGCAGGAUCCAUGACGGGCUCCUCGCCGCGGCUGUGCAGCCUCAAACCCACCCAGCUGGAGACAAAGGGAUAUUUCCUCUUUUUUUGCAAUGCAUUUGGGAGAGAUGCAGCCGCUUAUCACAAGAAGAUUAAAGUGGCGAACACGCCUUCCAGCGGAAGUCACUAAUUCGGACCGGAGUGAUGUAGUUGCCAUGGUGACCCUGGUUUCCUGGGAAACCCCCAAAGGUUGUCAUGGCAUCCCUUCUCCCAUCCCCCUUGGUCCUCGCUCUUCCCGCAAAAGAACCUUUCCAGAUGGUUCCAGCCCUGUCAUCCCGCAGGACGCCGCGGCUCUGCCCCACUAUGUGACCCCCAUCCUGGCACCCCCUUCCCGGCCCGCGUCGUUUCCCCCCCCCCCCCCCCCCCCGCCGCGGCUUCCCCUGUGCAGAAUAAAGCGCCCGUAGGCAAUAAGCACACCACAAAUCCACCUCUCCCUCGCAGAGGAGCUCACACCUUGGCAGUGAAAUUUGGGGAUGGAGUUGCUCGUCCUGCAAACACGAGUGCCUGCUUCGCCACGAAGGACCCCGUGCUCCCCCCACGCCACACGAAACCCGGCGGUUUCCCCAAACCCGGUGCAAAAUGGCACUGAGCAGCCAGCGGGAAAGCUCGGCUGAGAAACCCCGGCAGCUUUUUGAAACAAGGGGGACAGAUAUAUAAAGAGCAGGAUUUGAAAAAUAACCAAAACCCCACCAGGGAAAAUACACCGGCUUCAUCUUUGCAUGUGCACCAGGUGCCACGGGACAUCUGAUGGGAUCAGAUAACAGAAGAGGUUUCAAAAUUAAGACCUUCAGGACUGUGUUGAGAAAUCAAAUGUCUCCAAGGAAAUGGCAAACAUCACGGACACGGUGACUGAUGCUGCAGUGCACCCGACCAACGGAGGGUCUGUCCUCCCCAGUUAAACCCAUUUCAUAUUUCAUAGAUAUGAAAUAUUUGCCAUGUUAUCUGUGUUUUCUAACAAGUGCAUUAUGUAGAAGGGAACAUCUUUGCAGCUGGAAGUUUAUCUUCAAAUCAUGUGCAAUAUAAUGAGACUGAACAAAGCCAGGAAAAAGGAGGAGGGGAGGUGGAAAUCAUUUGGACAUGAUUUCAGUCUUUUUUUUUUUUUUUUAAUUUAAAAAAAUCUCUUGAAAGAUUAUGCAACCAGAAAGGAAACGUUAACCAGAGCUGCUAAUAAGCAGUCCAAGUGUUUUGUUAGGGGUGGGAGGGAGAUGGGGGAAAUUCAGUUACUCUCACUGUUCCCUGUCAAAGGCCACGGGCUGUUUUCGGCGCUGCGACAUAAUUUCUGGUCCAUUUUUCUGACUUUCCUGUAAAUGCUCUUUAUAAGGAGGUAUGUGCUGUAUCAAAGGCUGUGAUUUAUUUUAAGCCCUUCUUAAGAAAGUAACAUCGCUGCCAAUGCUGAGGAAAAUGGUGUCGAACAGUCAACGAGUUGUGCCUUGCUUUCAGGAUCGCUCCAUGAAAAACUAAGUAAAAUCGAAUUUCCAGGGGUGGAAAAGGUACAAAACCCAAUCUGGCUGGUUGUGCCGCUGGUUCCUUUCACAAGAGCCCGUGUGCCCUUCUCUGCUGUUCCAUGGUACUUCAGUCCCGAGGGAAUAUUAUAGUAUUGUGUUGCUAAUACUAUAAUAAACGGGAAAUCAUCACUCCUUUGCCCAUUGCUGUUUCAUUUUGCACGCUGAGGUUUGGGGUUUUUUCUGUGGCAGGUUAAGAGCCAUGGGCUGCCCAGGCUGGGCUGCAAAGCUGUUAAAAGUGGGGUCUCUCUAACCUCACUGCAUUUCUUAGGGCCGUACAGGUAAAUGAUAUCCCAGUGCAAUGGGAUAAAUGGUCUGCAAAGGCACAAAUGCAAACAGCAAAGGGGUCGGUGGUCUCUCCUGUUUCUGCCUUCCGCCUCUCACCCCAGCCUCACCUGCCUCGGCACGCUGCCUCCGCCUCAGCUUUAAGACUAAAACCUGCCCGGCACAUAGUCCAUCAGAGGAACAAGGCGAUAUUCAUGACAGCAUUGGGUUGCUGGGUGAAAAUAAUGUUGGUGGGACUCAGGCAAGCAGAGGAACCUCUGCAUCUCCAUUGCAAUAAUUCACCAGGGGUGGUUCAGGGAAUGGUAAUUUCAACUGGAGCAAGCGAUGAGAGCUGGAGCUCACUCCGAAGCAGAGGAUGCUCAAGGGGAGGUAACAGGAGACAAAUUCUUUAGGCAUGUGAAGCAGACUCUUGAAUUCACGCUGCUGAUUGCUUUAGGUCUGCAUCCCAGGACAAGCCUUGAGGCCCCCACUGGGUAGGUGGAAAGUGGAGCGAGGACCACUCUGCCCGGAGGGCAGCACCAAAACCUGGAUCCUUCACCAAGCAGAGCCAUUAACCUGCAUUUCAAACCAGAUCCCAGGCAGAAGAUGAGGAACAUCCACAGGAGACACAUGUGGGAUGCUUUGAGGCACAAUCCGAGUGAGGAUGUGUUUAAAAAUAAACACUCUACCUGGAAGAAAGGCUCCAAAAUGGGACAGUGCAGGGAAAUAUUCGUGGCAAAGCAACCAGCUGUCUGCACCAUGCAGCUCUCCCUGCAGAAGAGCUUUGAAGACGAAUGAGACCCAAGUGGGUUUCUGAGCUGUUGUCUGGGGCUGGAAUUGCUCCAGACCUCUCUGUCAUUCAGCAGAAGAAGACAUCCUCCUUUCUGGCUGUCUAAGCCCCUCAUGGAAACUUCAUCCAAAAUUAGGAUUGAGAAAUUCCCUUAACAGUGGGGAAAUGAUGUGGUUUGAUGCAUUGACUUUGGUGAGGUCACAUUUAUUUUAUUUGGGUUUUAAACAUGAAUAAUUUCUUGGCUUGAAUUCCUCCUUCUGUCAUGGCAUCUGUAACGUUGGUGAUGAAGGCCUUGUUGAUGGGCUCCCAAAGACAGGAGUCUCUGGGGCUCUGCAUAGGUGUGGGCUUGGGAGAACGGGCCAAGAUGGAGAGAAAAGAAACAAAAGUGAAAAAAACAGCAGUUUUAGUCCAAGCUGCAUUGCUCCCUUUGGGGAACAAAGAGCAAGUGUGGAUCUGGCCCUUAAUGGGACAUUGCUCCUUGGGCUUGUUUGCAUUUAUUUAUUUAUUCCCAGCAUGGCAGAACCCCUGCGGUCACUGGAGCUGUGGAUAAAUGAAUUAGGGCUGGUGCUGCUGGCACCUGGUUUUAUUGCGGCUUUUGCAGAGGGACGUGGGUUGGGGACCAGGGCUGCUGGAGGAGCCCAAGGAGCAAGGUUCCUGAGCCCAUGGAGAUGAUGAGCUGGAAGUGCCAAGGCUCCACAGAGGGAUGCCAGGGAAUCGUGGAGGUGAAGUACCCCACGGUGUGAAAUCAAUCUGGAUUGAAAGCCCUCUGCACAAAUUAAAGCUAAUUGGAGCGGUGGCUCUCAUUAACUUCACAUUUGGCUGUGCCCUGCCCUGAGGCUAGCCGGUGGGGGGCAGGGAGAGAGACCUCUUCCAUGGGAUCCUCCAGCAAAUUGCUCUGCUGGCAAAUCCCCGGGGAUCUGGCAGUAACCGCAGUGCUGCCGCCGGAGCUGGUCUGAGGAUGGGCUUGCAGAGCUUUUUUGAUUCGUGGCUGACUGUAUCUUAAUGUGGCACAGCCAAAGCCUCCUCCCAGGCACCCAUCCCCUGUCUCCUGCAAAGGGGAACUGAUCUCACCUCCAAAACCACUAAGGAACUGCAAAAUGUGUUUGUUUGCAUCCUUCCCUGCAGUGUGAUGGGUUUGCAGCGUGCUCUUGAGGCUGCAAAGAUUGAGCACAAGCUUUAGCAACUCUGAAAUCUCGAGGGCCUGACCCAAAAAGCGCGUUUCUACCAUGCUGAUGGUUUUGGGCUGGAAACAGCCAAAGCACCCGCUGAAGGUCUGAUCCAGCAUCCCCCCGCACCCCUGCAGACAGCCCUGGGUUGCCCAUGGGGUAACGGCACGUUAACAGGAGGAGAAUUGAUUUUCUGAAUUGCAACAGAGACCUGGAUCUUGGGAAGCCCUGGUCCCAAAGGUGUUAAAUUUAGUUUCUUUUGGAACAUGAUCUAGCAGCCCUUAAAAUGGGGGAUAGAAUGUAUCAGCACUAAAGUUAUUUUUAUUUUUCACUGGCGUAACAGAGAGCUUUUUUAUGGCAUGUGUGUAUGUAACAUAAUUAUACCUCGUCUGUUUUCAAUAGCCACUUUGUUAAAAUGUCUCUCUGUUAUGGUUCAAAACUGUAUUUUGAUGAGCAAAGUGACGGGAAACCCCAGAUCCCUUCACCCAUCUGGGUUGGUGGGUCCCAGAAAUGCCCCGUUCCCGGAGCAGAGCUCAGCCCGUGGCUGCCGGCCGCUCCACUCCUCCUGGCCAGCACCAAACCCACCCCACGGACAUCUUACACCCAUGACGAUCUUGCUAAAUUUCAACCUCUUCUUAUUGAGAAGUGUAUGUACAAUGUCGUUGUACAUACUGGCGUUGAUGAUGUUGCUCCAUGCUGUUAGGUUUUUUUUGCUUGGUUGCUGAACCAGCUAAAUGUUAAUGUACUUUUUCAAAAUAAUUGAGAGUUUGAUAGUCUUUAACUGUCAGUCUGGUAUAUUAAUCUGUGUUGCCACAACUCUGACUCUAGCCUUGUGCUUUUUAAAGAUAACCAUCAUACCAGGACAACGGUGUUGAAAUGUCGUUUGGAGCAGAGGGUUGGAUUUGGUAAGGGAAGACAAAUUAAAAAUGUAUCCAGUCGAUUAAAAAACCAAAAAAGGGAGCGAUUUAAUGAUGCCUGACAUCAAGAGAAGAUCCAAAAAAUAGCAUGCAUUGAUUCCCAUAAUCAUCCAAAGGCAGGCUGCUCAUCUUUAUUCAUAGCCCUUCAAAGCCGCACUCUGAUGCCGAGAGCAUCUCUGAGAUGCCGUGCAUUAGAUGUGCUCUUUAGACGCUGAACACGUAGACGUUUCUCCUCUGCACCCAGCACAGCUGCCGUCUCCAGCAAAUGCUGUACGCCAUCCCUUCCCCCUUUUUAAUUUUAGGGUGCAAUUAAAGUGAGGAGAGCUCUGCCGUUGGGUCCAUUCUGGUGGAUGGGCAGGAAAAUCAGAUCGAGGAAGCUGGGCAGGUAAAGACUCGCAUGAAGCCACUUGUUUUAAGAAAAAGUUUUGAGAUGUUUUAAGAAGGCAGCAAAAUUAGAAAGUAAAAUGUCUUAAAAAGUGGUUAAGGGCACUAACGAAGGCUCAGUGGACACAUCACAUGGGAUGGGGCUUAACAGUGUGGCUGGAGAAGGCUUUCAGAGACAACAUAUGAAAUACUGUGAGGCUGCUUUGCUUGCCCUGCUAGAUUUGGGGGAAAAGUCAGGAUUCCUGCAGUCCCGUCCUGGCCUCCAGGCAAAAAGCCUGCAAUAUUAACGCCUCAGAAACCAGCCUUUGAGCACCCUGGAGGCUUUUAUUACACACGCACUUGGAUGUUUUCCGAGACAGACGUUCAAAAGCUGUUAUUGCUACUGAAUCCUUUUAAAAUUAAGGAAUUCAUGGGAUAGCAUUUUUCUCCCCUAAAAAGCUUUGGGAGCUGGCGUGCUCCCCACUCUCUUGGUUUGGUUUUUUUUUUUUCCAUUGCACACAGUCAGUUAGAAAGUUGUCCCUUGAGCUGAGACUAAAGCCAAGUAGCAGCCCUGGGUGAAUUAAAUUACCCAGCUCUGUAAUCCCCAUGUUUUCAUCCACCAGUCUCUGAAUUAUGUUUCUUUUUCACAUUUUUUUUUCCUGCUUUCUCCAAGAUGACGUCAUCAGUGCAUCUUUAAAGGGAACGCUUCAAGAUGCUGCUGUCACCGACUGGUGUUUUCCAUAACACAGCCAGGCCACUGAUGCUGUGUUUUAAAUGCAUCACUCCUAUUCCUGAGGAUGGUUUCGGAGCAGGACAAGUCAUCUGGCAAUACACAAAUCAUUGGUAGAGCUGGACUCACACAUGGAAUGGUAUUAAGCAGGGACAUAGCCAGGAAAUUGUAAAGCAGUGCCUGAAAUAGGGCAGUUUAAUGCAAAAUGAUGUGUUUGCUGCCAUGUCCCUUGCUCUGCCAUUAGUAGACUGGAAAUGGGACUUGGUUAUUCAAAUUACUCAGGUUUUGCAGGAAAAUCGUCUUCAUUGCUGAAGGUGAGAUAUUCCCACGGGUGAAUUUAGCAUCUGUCAAGGAGAACGGGCUCUUAGUUCACCACCUGAGGUCCCAAAACCUUGCAAAUGGGGGACGUUGCCUCAACCUCCAACACAGAAGCAGCUUGUGUUUCUUAUUUCCCAUCCUUUACUAUGCAACUUAUUUUCAUGGUAUCUUCCUGGGACUGAGAUGGCUGGAUAUAAUUUUGAUUUUGCUUUCCCUCGUUGGCGUGUGCAGCUGGGUAAUGCUGAAAUGUUUCCAUCACUGUCUCAACUGGAACACACGUUGGGUACAUUCGAACAGUGAAAUACCGCCUCGUGAAAUUUGGUGUGUCAGACUGAAAAACUAGACUAAAUCCUGACUAAUCAGGUGCCACAGAAAUGAUGCAAUUUUGGACUGGAGAUGUAAAGCACAGUCUUGUUACUCUGAUUUUGGUUUAAACUCUAGUUUUGCCAGUGAGCUAUGUUGCAACUGUUUAAACUUGUUCUUUUGAUACCAGUCUGAUGCUAAAACGAGCUGCUGCAUCCCGUCGUCGUGGUGACAUCCACCGUGGUGUGGGCCUUGUGUUCAGUUACCAGUAAAAAAAAGUGAUUUGGGUUUUUUUUGGUUGUGUGAUUUUUUUACCUGAUGUUGAAUUUAUUUUUUUAUUUUUUUUUCAUUAGAACUUGAAACUUAUUUCAUAUGCAAAGUUCAA